AUGCGCGCAACCCGCACCCCUCCUCCCAAGUCCCCUCACCGUAUCCCCUUCCUCGCCCUCCCAACCGCAACCCUGCUCCCCUACACCUACAAGCAACUCCUCCACGCUGCCCCAAGCAUCCUCUCCUCAAACGCUACCUCCGACCCCACAAACCCACAAUCGCAAUCUCAGCCCCAACAACCACCCGCCUACGUCGUCUCUAGCUCCGGUACAACAGCCACGCCAGAUCAGAUCCUCAGCUCAUGCCUCGCGUUGCAAUCGCAUCUGCAGAGUCUCGAGAACGAGGCUAGGAGUACGUUAAGGGCGUGGGAGGAUAAGCGGAAGGCGGAAGAAUUGGCGGAGAAGAGGAGAGUUGCGCCGGGGUGGUUGGACGGGGACGUGAAGUUGUUGAGACCGGAGAAUGUUGGUGGUGGGGAUACAGAGAUGGGUGAGGCAAGCGCGCAAGCACACGGGCAGGCACCGUUAGGGACACAGCAGCGGACACGCGUAGGCAUCAACGCGUUGCUUGAGCGGCGAGAUGGCGUGCCCGAUCCUAGUGAAGGAGAGGAAUUAGACAGAGCGUUUGGAGGUAUGGACCUGAAGUAA